AGUGACAAGCAGUCCAGUUCCAAACGAUCAACGAUGGGGCAGUUUUUUUCUCCAAGUUUACAUGUAACUUGAAACCAUACCGGUUAAUCUUGUAGAAUCAUGGUGGCAAUAACCUGUACUUUGGUGGUGAUCGUCUUAUCUUUUUUCUUUUAUCUAUACGUUUGCCUCAAAAAAACCGAACGUUAUUGGAGAGAAAGAAAUGUGGGCAGCCUCACUGUAGAAUCCAUUAUUACAGUCCUUCUUCCGAUAUUGAAAAAUGAGCCCAUACACCGAGGUUUCUACAACUUUCACAAAGCGUACCCAAACUACAAAUUCAUCGUCAUGAAUAUUUUCAGAAGACCUAUAAUUUUAACCAGAGAUGCGGAGUUUUUGCAAAAAAUUAUGAUAAAAGAUUUCCAACAUUUCGUUGAUCACAGUGAAUAUAAAACCGACAGGGAUAUAGUAAAUUUGGGACUGUUCAGUCUAACGGGUAGCGAAUGGAGGGGGCUUCGAAUAAAAAUGUCACCAACGUUUACGACCGGGAAGCUGAAAUCAAUGUUCGUCGAGAUGGAGCCGUGCAGCAACGCUUUGGUUCAAAAUAUAGAAAAAACAUGCGGAAAGCCCGAUUAUGACAUCAGAGACGACAUCAUGACAUACGCCAUGGACGUGACGGCUUCCGUCAUAUUCGGAAUCGAACUCAAAAAUAAAGAACUAAGAGAGAAAUACAUAAAAGAAGCCUCAGAACUUUUCCAAACAUCACCGAUUAUUAUGUUCAUUAUGGGUGUUGCCUCUCAAAUUCCAGUACUGUCUAACGUACUAAACAUGAAAAUACUGGACGAAAAUAAAGAGGCGUUUUUCAGAAAUAUAAUUACUCAAACAUUCGAGCAAAGAAAAGCGAACAACUCCAAUCGAAAUGACUACAUAAAUCUUCUUUUAAAGUUAAAAGAACAAGGAAGCCUUGAGGUUAAAAUGAAGGACCCUGACGAUGAAUAUUUGAAUACAGACAGUCUGCAAGUGGAAAACGUUGAGGUAACAGAUGAAAUGUUGACCGCCCAGGCUUUUCAAUUCUUAUCAGCAGGUUUCGAACAAAUCUACAACAUUAUGGUUUUAAUGCUAAAUGAAAUAGCACGACAAGAGGAUAUUCAGGAAAAAAUUCGAAAAGAAAUAGCAAAAGUCAAGACGAAAAAUGGAGGGUACAAUUACAGAUCGGUUCGAGAAAUGGUUUACUUAGAACAAUGCGUACAUGAAACAUUAAGGAAAUACCCAGUUAUACCAUUCUUACUUAGAUACUGCGUCAAAGAUUAUGUCGUCAAUGAUCAUUUAACAAUAAAAAAAGGGACGCAUGUCGGCGCAUCACUUGAGGGAAUUCACAAAGACCCGAAUUACUUCCCAGAUCCUGAAAAAUACGAUCCCGACAGGUUCAAGCCUGAUGAAGCAUUUAAAAAUAUAGCGUAUUUACCAUUCGGGGCAGGUCCUCGGGUUUGCAUAGCAAUGAGGUUUGCCCUGAUGGAAAUGAAACUGGGAUUGGCGAAAAUCAUCGAGAAUUUCUUUAUAUCGCCAGGAGAGAAAGCUACAUACCCUUUGGAAAUGAAUAAUAGAAGUAUGUUCAUAUCCCCUCGACAUGGUUACCUAAAGAUGUCCAAGAUAGCAAAUAUGCAACAAUAAUGUGUUUAUAUAUAUAUAAACUCUUUAUCAAUACCUUUGUUACUAUAAUCAAUAAUUAAAAAUUCUUCUGUUUAUUCUUUA